AAUUGGGUUUUGAGAUUUUUACAUGAUUGAAUCGAGUUCAAUCUUCUUCCCUGGAUUCUUUCUUUCCGUUUUCUGUUCAGUUUUAACUGAAAGUCAAGCAGUGACCCCAAGUUUUGAAGUAACUUCUUUUUCCCGAAAAGUCUCUUCUGUUUUCUGAUUUGGAGCAGUUCAUGGUUAUUUUUAUCCAAAGUGGAGACGCACAGCAACUUUUGAGGCUCGUUUUCCACAUGGAUGUCUGAAUUUCUAUAUGUUGCUGGCUCUGUUUCUAUCAUUGCUUCAUUUUGAUCUUUUCGAAAACUUCUAAACCCGACUGGGUACAACAAACCUGGUCUUUGGAGCAAGAACUUAAUGAUUUGCAGACCCUUUUUACUCUAGCUUUGUUUAUAUAUUGAACUACUUUCAAUCUCCUUGCCAAUCUUUUCUUUCUCUCUGUAAAUUUUUAUUUCUUUUCCUGGAAAUUUCUUGGGAGUUGACUUAGUUGACUGCAGUCAGUGAAAGAUUAAAGCUUUGAAGCUUCGUCUUCUGAUUUUAAAUCGAAGGACUCUUUUAAUGAGAGAUUAAGAGUGAACCUUACUUUCAACUCACUUUUCGAAAGUUUGACCUUGUGUUCUCUGCUAUAGCAUAACCAUCCCCAGCUAGUUUCUUCUCUUUGAAUUUUCUACUUAAAGUGGUCUCGCUUCUUCUUCUUUUUCUUCAAGAAGCUUAAUUUAAUUAUUGAAUGAUUGCAACUUUUUCUGGAAUUCUCAUGUUAAUUUUGUUUGGUUGCUGAUAGACAUCUGAAACAGAAAGAACAUUGAAAGUUUGGAACUUUGGAUUCUUUUAUAUUUCGAUUACUCACCCAAAUCCAGCUGCAAAUCCACAAACAAUUGUAGUUGCUCUUAGCUGUUAUGAAUGCCUCAACUGUUUUGUCACAUUGUGCAUGAGCAUCUAAUUGAUUAUCUAUUUUGAUUGGGGCUGCACAUAUGUUUGUCUCUUUCUUCUUUGCCAGCCAAUGAUUCCUCCUUUUCUAAGUGAGAACGGGUUGUGUCAGAAUCUUAAGGAGUUGAUUAGAUCGAGAUAGAUCAAGGUUUUCUGUUGUUAUAAUUGAGUUUUAAGUACCUUUUGUGUUUUUGGAUUUAUCGAGUCAUCUCUUUUGGUUUUGGCCAGAAGAUGGAUCAAUGAGAUUUAUUAUAAGAACUAAUGAGAUUCAUUACAGGGUUUUUUUCGUUGUAUUGUUGAGCAUCUAUAAUAGGGUCAUCUUUCUUUGUCGUGGUUUUAAUCAUACCACAUAUGGUGUCUUUGUUCUUCUAGCAGUGAAGAUGUUGGAGAAAAAAGGAGAGUUCAACAUGGAGAAAGUCAUAGAGGAUUUUGAAGCAAUGACAAGUAAUGCGGAGAGGAUCCAGAAGGAGACCCUCAAGAAGAUUCUGGAGCAAAACAGAUCCGCAGAGUACUUGCAGCUCUUGGGACUCGAUGGAAGAACUGACCCUGAGAGUUUCAAGAGGAUUGUUCCCCUUGUGACUCACAAGGACUUGGACCCUUAUAUUCAGAGAAUUGCAGAUGGUGAUUCCUCUCCAGUUCUCACUGGAAAACCAAUCACAACAAUCUCUCUGAGUUCUGGUACUACUCAAGGAAGGUCAAAGUUUGUGCCUUUCAAUGAUGAACUGAUGGAAAAUACCAUGCAGAUAUACCAAACCUCUUUUGCCUUCAGAAACAGGGAGUUUCCUAUUGGGAAUGGGAAGGCCUUACAGUUCAUCUAUGGAAGCAAGCAAUUUCAAACCAAAGGUGGUUUGGCAGCUGGGACUGCAACCACCAAUGUUUACCGUUGCUCGAAGUUCAAGGAAACAAUGAAGGCCAUGCAGACCCCUUGCUGCAGCCCUGAUGAAGUAAUAUUUGGUCUCGAGUUCCACCAAUCUCUAUACUGCCAUCUGUUAUGUGGGCUGAUCUUCAGUGAUGAGAUUCAGUUGGUAGGCUCGACAUUUGCUCACAGCAUAGUCCAAGCUUUCAGAACCUUUGAGUUAUUGUGGGAGGAACUGUGUUCUGAUAUUCGAGAUGGUACCCUCAGCAGCCGGAUCACAGUGCCAUCGAUCCGUGCAGCCAUGUCCAAAUUACUUAAGCCAAACCCGGAAUUGGCUGAUUCGAUUCACAGAAAAUGUUCUGGAUUGAGUAAUUGGUAUGGUCUGAUACCGGCCCUUUUCCCUAAUGCCAAGUACUUAUAUGGAGUAAUGACUGGGUCGAUGGAGCCUUAUACGAACAAGCUGAGGCAUUAUGCACCAGGUUUACCUUUGUUGAGUGCUGAUUAUGGUUCUUCUGAGGGUUGGAUUGCAGCAAAUGUCAACCCAAAAGUACCAACUGAGAUGACCACUUAUGUUGUGCUCCCUAACAUUGGCUACUUUGAAUUCAUCCCUAUUAGGGAUGGCAUUGAGUUCAAACCAGUGGGUCUUACUGAAGUGAAAAUUGGUGAAGAGUAUGAGGUUGUGGUCACUAAUUUUGCAGGUUUGUACCGAUACAGACUAGGAGAUGUAGUGAAGGUGAUGGGGUUCCAUAACUCGACACCUGAGCUCAAAUUCCUCUGCCGUAGCAAUCUUCUGCUUAACAUCAACAUCGACAAGAACACUGAGAAAGAUUUGCAGAUAUCUGUCGAAGAAGCAGCCAAGCUUUUGGCUGCAGAAAAAUUGGAAGUCGUUGAUUUCUCAAGCCAUGUAGACUUGUCCACAGACCCUGGUCACUAUGUGAUCUUCUGGGAACUUAGUGGUGAAGCAUCCCAAGAGGUUCUCGGUGAAUGCUGCAACUGCUUGGACAAGUCUUUUGUGGAUGCAGGCUACAUGAGCUCAAGGAAAGUCAACGGCAUCGGUCCACUCGAGCUCCGAAUUCUUAGGAAGGGAACUUUCCAAAAGAUUCUCCACCAUUACCUUGCACAAGGAUCUGCUGUCAACCAGUUCAAGACCCCAAGAUGUGUAGGGGUUAACAACAGCAAGGUUUUGCAAAUCUUAUGUGGCAAUGUAGUUAGGAGCUUCACUAGUACCGCUUACAAUAAAUAACUGUCAAUGUAGAUUGGACGUUGUUGGUUAAUUUUCCAUAUGAAUCCAGUAUGUUUUAGCUUUUUAAAGGCA